AUGGGGGUGUGGGCGCACAUCGACGCGCGAGUGGGGAUCGAUGAAUCGCGGUCGAGCGCGACGGAGACGGUCGUGGAGACGGAGGUGCGGGUGAAGAUCGCGGCGGAGGUGCCGCGGUUGCUGAGAGCGAUUCCGGGGUUCUCGAAAGCGGCGACGAUGACGAUCGGAAGGUCGAUCGAUAUCGUGGGAGGAGGGAUCGAUGACGCGGCGCAGCGGACGUACGAUCGAUGGGCGGCGCAGCGCGGGACGGCGAGCGUGGAGGAUUGA